AUGGGCAAAGCUGUGCUAGACAAAUUGGCAAAGGUCCCUCGAUGCCUGAGCGAAUCUAUAACGCGGUCAAGGGCGGAGUAUCGAAGACUGGGAAAUUCAGGGCUGAGAGUGUCUAAUCCGAUUCUCGGUGGACUUACUCUAGGCAGUUCGCGAUGGCUCCCAUGGGUCUUGAAUGAAGACAAGGCGCUGGGUAUAUUGAAAUCUGCCUACGAUCGUGGUAUUAACACUUGGGACACUGCAAAUGUUUAUUCAAAUGGCGAAUCUGAAAGGAUCAUCGGGCAAGCCCUCCAAAAAUACAAGAUUCCACGUGAGAAAGUGAUCAUCAUGACCAAGUGUUAUCGAGUCCUAUGUGAUCCCGAAAAUUAUGAUCCUGGGUCGAUGGUUACUAUGCACCAUGAGUUGGCAGAUAGAAGCAAAGACUAUGUCAACCAAUGGGGCUUAUCCCGCGCUGCCAUCUUCAAGGCAGUCGAAGGAUCCCUAAGGCGUUUGAAUACCAGUUAUAUCGACGUGCUUCAAAUCCACCGUUUUGACCCCACGGUACCACCAGAAGAAACCAUGCGCGCCUUGGAUGAUGUCGUAAGGUCCGGCAUGGUCCGUUAUAUUGGCGCCAGCUCAAUGUGGACAUAUCAAUUUGCCAUGUUGCAGCACGUCGCAGAGAAGAACGGCUGGACCAAAUUCAUCUCUAUGCAAAACCACUACAAUUUACUAUAUCGUGAAGAAGAGCGAGAGAUGAACCCAUAUUGCAAUCUCACUGGCGUUGGGCUGACACCGUGGGCUGCUUUAGCAUCGGGUAAGCUAGCACGCGAUCCAAGUAAAAAGUCAACCACAGCUCGGGACGAAUGGAGCGCUCGUGGGUCAUUAUAUGACAAUGGCAUUGAGAAUAUUGAUGGAAUUGUCUCAAGAGUUAGAGAGAUUGCUCUAGCCCGGGAGUGGCCAAUGAGCCAUGUCAGUCUGGCCUGGCUAAACCGGCGGGUCACCGCCCCCAUCAUUGGGUUUAGCUCGAGUGGGCGCAUGGAUGAGGCUCUCGCUGCUCGAGGAAAAGAGCUCACUGAUGAAGAAGAGCGCUACUUGGAAGAAUUAUACACUCCGAGAGCUAUUCAAGGACAUGAAUGA